CUGGGUGGGCCUUCAUUUGGAGGUGUGCUCAUUUACCCCGACUCCUCCUCUAUGAGUCAACCUGCUCUCUUUCCUUAAUAUAACCCUUCAGCAUUUUGACUACUGCUGCCAUUUUUUCUCUGCUGCCUGUUUCAUCACACAUCAGAAACAAAAUGACGUCUGGAGCAAAAGCCGCUGACUGUGUGAAGGAUGUAUUCCAAAAGAUGAAAGUAGUGAAAUGUGGUGAUGACCAGGCGGAACGUAUAAGAUUGGUGUCACUUAAAAUUGAUGGUCUCAUUAGUGUGGAGAAAACUUGGACGCAAAAAGAGGUUGAAGGCCUGGAUGUCUUCCAGGUCUUCCAGGACGCGCUGCAUGGUGAAUACAAAGAUUCGUCCCGCUACUUUAUAUAUGACUGCCACUACGACUGCGAGGAAUCCAGUAAAAAAGAGGAACUGGUCUUUGUGCUGUGGGCGCCUGAGAGUGCAAAAAUCGCAGACCGAAUGCUUUACUCCAGCUCGAAAGGUGCUUUGGGCCCGAUCAUAGAUGGUGUCAAGCAUACCCUGCAGGUAAAUGACCCAACAGAUUUUGACAAGGAAUGCUUUCUGGACAAACUUGGAAAAGACGUAAUUUCACUUGAGGGCCAGCCGUGUAAAUAGAGCUUUUCCACAAAGAUUAAAGGGAAGGUUUGGGCUCUGAAUGGUAUUAUAUUCCUGCAACAUAAACCCCUGAUGUUUGUGCCAUACUAAGCUGUCCAGUUUGGCUGUGAAAUCAGUCUUGUUCAGAUGUAUUCAUUCGUAGACAUAUCCAUACAUUAAUAAUUCUAUUGUCUGUCACUUGACUCUUGGUGCAUGGUACAUUUUAUAUUUCUCAAAUCAGUAAUUUGUGUUUUUUAUUUUCAUAUGUACUGUUUGAAUACCAGCAUACGCCAGUCCAUUUGUCUUCCUUGUGUGUAUGUUCACUGCAUACAACUAUAUCCUGUAAAAUAUCUUAAUGGACAUCCUACUGGAGUUUACUAGGUCAACAUGACUGGGCCUGUGAGUUUUGACAUAAACCUGCUUUUCUAGACUGUUACACUUUGAACACCUAUAAAUGGCACAACUUUUACAAAUAAACAAAGUUUUGCCGAACAUGCAACAGUUGUUGUUCUGUCUGAGUAUUCAAAUAAAUCCGAUGCAAGCAAG